AUGGUGUUUGGCCACAGUGCGCUCGAGCUCGCGCACGAGCAGAGUGGAGUGGUGCUCAAGUUCCUUGUACGCGAUGCGCUGCGAGAGUGGAAGCACGACCACUCCUCCCUCAAGGUCGCCUACUCUCACCAGUGGACUUCGCAGAGGUCGAGCGAAGCGCGCAAGGUGGGACCCGACUAUGACUGGACAUUCACCACCGAGUACAAGGGGACCAUCUCCGCUCCGGUGGCGGAGGGCGCAGAUGCGGCAUCGGCGGUGGUGGGUUCGCUCGUGGAGACCGAGGAGAAGAUCGACCUCGACCGGCUGCGCGUCCCCGAGCCCAUGCUCUUCUUCGACGAGGUGGUGCUGUUCGAGGACGAACUCGCCGACAACGGUGACUCCUUCCUCUCCGUCAAAGUCAGGGUGAUGCCGAGCUACUUCUACGUCUUGCUUAGAUUCCACAUGCGCGUGGACGACGUGACCAUGCGCAUCCACGACACGCGGAUCUUCCACGAGUACGGAUCGUCGCACCUGCUUCGCGAGUACCAAACCCGAGAGGCCACCUACCAGCAGCUCGCUCAGCAGGGCAAAAUGCCCUCCGAUCUGAGCCAGCUGACGGACUCCAACUUUGUGUGGACCAUCCUGCCCCUCACCGGCUCGACCACCCACAAGAUCCUCCUCUCCGCUGCCGCCCCUUCGGCCAGCGCCACCCCCUCGACCACCACCGACGUCGCGAGUGCGCCGGAGGGGCUGGACAAGGACCUGGCCCACCUCACCAUCUCCUCGUGA